GGAUUCGGUCAGAAUAAUAUGGUAUCGAAUACUCGAUGUCUAAUUUAACUCGAAUACGAUAGAUUUGGAUAUCGAGUUAAAUCAUGACAGGGUAGAAUAAAAUAAAGAAUGAAUUUUUGGCAAAAAGUAAUAAUAAUUUGGUAGUUAAUUCAAUCUCUGAAGCUCGGAUAAAACAUAACAUUUUAAGCUCAAAAACGAUUAAAUGUCUUGCACCAAUCAGCGCAUAGAGGGUACAUCAUCAGGUCAGCAUCUCUCUCGCGUAUUACCGUAUACCUCGGCUUCCAAACUUCUCUGGCAGACGGCCGCAGCACGCCACAUCAAGGCCCGACAAUUUAGAGUGACUGACCAAAUUUAUUUGGAUAUAGAACGCGAAGAUAAAACAAUUGGGAGGAUAGUUAUAGGAUUAUUUGGUGACUUAGCGCCUCGUGCAGUUAAAAAUUUUAAAGUGCUCGCUACAAAGGGUAUCAAAGGAAAAUCUUAUAAGGGCACACGAUUUAACCGAAUUAUUAAAAGAUUUAUGAUACAAGGAGGAGACGUGGUAAAUGACGAUGGCUCUGGAUCGAUUAGUAUUUACGGUGAGACAUUCGAUGACGAAAAUUUAGAUACGCAGCAUACUGUUGCCGGUUUCGUGUCCAUGGCUAACAGAGGAAAGAAUACUAAUGGAUGUCAAUUUAUAAUAACGGCAACUGGUACACCGUGGCUGGAUGGAUUACACACUGUUAUAGGAAAGGUGGUGGAAGGUCAGAACUUAGUGCACGUGGUGGAGCACACGCCCACUGACGGCGACGACCGGCCCAUACAGCACGUCUACAUUGCCGACAGCGGCCUCGUGCCCACGCCACAGCCGUAUUAUAUAUCCGAUGAUCCUUAUGAUUUGUGGGCUUGGAUCAAAGCUUCUGCGGUACCUUUGAGCAUGUCGUUUUCAAUCCUGGGAUUUUUCCAUUGGAUGAUAAAGAAAAUGGAAAUUUAAACCGAAUACAAAAUUAAAAAAAUA